UCUAGAGCAAGGUCACGAAAGCACAGCCUAAACUGUACUACUAUUGACUAAGUCGCUUACAUUGCAUUCUCGUUAUUAUGCACGUUAUUGCGAACGUUUUCCACAUUAUACUUGGUUCGUUUGUGACAUUAUAGCAGUCUCGAUAAGUACCUUGUAUCCAUAUUACAGUACCAAAUUAAUGGUAUAUAUCACCACUUGCAUUGUGCUAUAUCAACUCAGUUUUAUAUAGUCCCGUGGAAACUCUUCAUGUACAUGUGUUCCGUAUUUUCAAGUGGGUUACGUACUGAUUGAAUAGAAAGGCUAUAGUAACUGUAAGUAGACACCUCAUUGUAAUGGAAACACAGCUACCAUCCUCCAUCCCCGGAUUGAGGGACUUUGUGAGCGACUCCGAGAGAUUCCAAGACGUCUUCGACACGGCUUUCUUACCCAAUAACGACGGCGUUACCAAACUCGAACGUUGGUUCGAAACCGACUUCGAGGAGGAGGUCGUGAUGAAGAUGAAGGAGUCUUUCUCGACCGAAAGCGAGCUGCGUUUGCUAGGGAUCGGCACAGGCAAUGGUAGACCGGAUUUAAUGAUGUUGGAGAAAUUUCUCCGCCAUUUUACAAAGAUCCACUAUACAGUGGUCGAGCCAGAUCAACCUGCAUUCAAUGACUUCAAACAAUCUGUUGAGAAGAGUUCUUCCCUCUCACGGGUUGUCUUUGACUGGCGGAACACGACCAUUGAAGAAUACUGGAAGACGUCUGAGGACUCUCCUGGGUUUGACUUCAUCAGCAUGGUCCAUACUGCAUACUAUCUAAAGGAUGUCGGAAUUACAAUGGACCGUCUGCUAGCGUCCUUGACCGAUGGGGGCGUGAGUCUUCUCGUUCACAAAUCUGGAGAGAACAAGACCUCAGAGUUCGCCCGUCAGUUACCAUGGUUGUCCAAACCUUCCCACAUGUCACCGGGACGUCUUAUUCGAGAUGCUGCUCAUCGUGCGAAUCAACGUCGACUUCGCGUCAUCCCAUUUCCAGCCGUCAUCGACGUCACGUCUGUAUUCGACGUCGGGUCCGAUGUUGGUCCUAAACUGAUGGAUUUUUUAACGCAGGGAGCCUACUUUUGCAAAACAGUUCCGGAGGACGUCUCAGAAGCGACCACGGAAAUACUGAGAUCGUUGAUAACGAAGAGCGAUGACGGAGAAAGGAGUCUGAUAAGUAAUGAUUUUGAAAUCAUAGAAAUAUGUAAAAAUGCGUCUUCGUAGGAAUGACUAAUUUGCAUGGACACUGAGUGAUCACAUUCAGGAGACAUCUACGUAUGUUACUGUUAGUAUUGUUUAUCCGUUUCUGGGUGACACUAAAAAUGUUAUAGAAUUGUGCAUUGCUGUCUAUUCUCCAUGGAAAUGCACAUUACCAUGAAAGACAAGAUAUGAGGACAAGAGAUUCUUUUUCAUCGCUAUUUUGUUUUUGUUUUAUUUCUCUGAUUGUGUUUCCUAAAUUUUCCUUAAAGUUCAUUUCGAGAAAAUUAUUUUCACGGAGUUUUAUUUAUAGGUUUUAUGUAAAAUACAUGGAGAUUUUUAACACAAUGUGUGGAUAAACUGCACUGCAGCUCCCCCUCCUUCUCUCUCUCUCACUCUCUCUCUCUCUCUUCCCCUAUCUCUCUCACUCUCUGACACCUGAAGCUCUAUAUUUCUCUCCAUCAUUCUGACUCGAAUUGCCAAUUUGUUUCCUUUUCUUUAUUAAAGCUAUAAAAUGUUAAGGUCAGCCAGCUCCUACUUGCCUGUUAUCCUUUUAAUCAUCCAUUUUAUGUGUAACUUUCCACCAUUGUAAAUAUAUCUUAUAUACAAUGUAGAUUUAACAUAGAGCUUGGGAUGAGAAAUUAAGAAAUUUUGUUCCCCCUUUUUUAUUCGGUUUAAAGUAUGUGCUGUAACAUGUAAAAAGAUCAGUUAUUUGCACAAUAAACAUCGGACAAACUAACUUUUGAUUUCAUUGCGUUGAAUUACUAAAAUUGCAUAUGAACAAUGCCUUCAUACUUCUUUUAUCGUGUAAUAACGCAAUCAAAACAACAACUCGUGAGCAACAUGAUAUACGAAUGAUAAGAAUCAACAGUAUGUGUGUUGUAACUCAAAGGUCUGGUACGGUUAAUUCUCUUUAAUUAAAGUUUUUUCGCCAACUUCCAGGAUUGUUUUCUGAAGUUCUUAACCGCCCAUUUGUUCCCAUAUACAUGUAUACAUUCAACAAAUUACAGAAUGGAAGUAUUUUCAUAUUCUAAAAGUGGUACGUGUUCGGUAUCAUCCGAAAGAUGCCAGAAAGCUCUUUUUCACUGAAGCAGUGUCUUGUGCAACAAAUAGUGUCAAUGUAACUUUACAUGAUGCUUUAAAGGUGGUUAUUGACGUGUGUGUGUGAUUUGAAUUAUAUUAAAAGAAAGUUCAAAAGAAAUCAUAGGACUAUUCUGUUAAAAGAUAUCUGGUUAAAAAGAAAGAUAUAUGACUACACGAAUACGUCACACUACUAAGAUAUUUAACGAUUGGAUUGAAUCUGCUCAGAAGCCAGGAUAGAAGUUAAUAACGUCAACACUUUGGCAUUAUAUAUGACAUUGAUAUCAUUAUUAUUACUUAUGUUUGUUUUUUCCACUUUCAAACCUCCGCAAAUCAGUGAAACCAAUUUGGAAACGAAUGAUAUUAAUAGUUAUAUUUAAAGUUAUCGUCAAAUUGGACCGGGCCUCAGUUGAUUCUUUUUAUUAGAUUUCCUGCCUUAUUUUUGUGUGGCGACUUGUUUUUCUCCUGACUGGAGAUGAUUGCUUUAAUAUCCAUGUAUGAUGCUGGAAAUGACGGCGAAGAGACACAUCAUCCACAAACUGGCAUUCCCUAGCGCAGAGGGACCUGAACAGAAAAGCAACACAAGGGAAACGUUAGAAUAAUUAGUAAACCAUAAUAGUAUUAUGUUUAAACCCCAGCAAUACCCCUCAAAUGGACUCCAAAUCGACGGAUCACGGACUGACAAAAUAUUGGCAAUCUGGAGUAUUUAAAUCUAAAUUCUUUCUCUUUUGUUUUCUUUUGUUUGGUCUAUUGUUGGUGUGAUGUUUGUCUCGUCACUGUGACAGAUGUAUAAACUUGGAACAAAAUUGACAAUAAUCGUAAAAUUGUCUUAAAUGUUACAAAGUGAAGUUUGUCAUGACAGUGUGCAGGAAAACUAUGAGUAUUAAUGAGCCCCAUGGCAUUAUAUUGUC